UCCAUACCGACAUGCUACUGGUUGAGACAAAAUAGUCCAGCAUCAACAAAGACAAAGAAGCACAAGAAUCCCUCGAUUCAACGACCAAGAUAUGAGACACUCAGAAUGAGUAGAUAUCUUACCCCUUCCAAGGUCACCUUACUAUGUCUGGUGUCGCUAUACGCCGACGGGAUAGUCCCCAACACAUCGGCUGUGCCUGUCCUGUCGUUUCUGAUAUCUCACAUACUCCCCGCGCGACCUGGUGACUCGGACAAACCUCCUCGCGCAUUCACUCGAGAUAAGAAACAUGCCGUCUCCAUUGAUGAAUUGGAAGAAGUCCUUUCAUACCACGCCUCUUCAAUCCCGGGCCGUUCAGUAUGGGACUUGCUACUACGAAAGAUGUGGUCCCUAGACUGCUGUGAUGCGCUGUUGAGCUUCUUUGCCGACAUAAACAACAUCGUCGAGAAGUCAAGAGAAGAGCAAAUCCAGGACAGAGACAGAGGCAUUGAGCAUGUCAGUGAUCGUAUGCUUCUAUCUCGGUCUUCUCCAUUAGGCGCGUUUGUGCGUCGGGGACAGCUGGAGUUUACGCGUUUACAGUUUCAUGAUCAGGUCAAGUUAUGGCGUGGAUUUAUCAAGUACCGCUUGCCGACGUAUCGUGCUUGGGCUAGGCGACAUCCCUCCGGCGGCGAAUCGGCUGUUGAUGCUAAUUUGGCAGAACUCGGUCUUGACUCUGAUAGUCAUAUUGGCCAGGUGGUUUAUCGCAAUAUCGAGCAUGACUCUGACGACGAAGCUGGUGUCAGCACCAAGGAUGUCGAGCAACUGUUGAGCUUUCAAGUCGAGGAACUACAGAGAAUUGGCGGGCGCGUACCGGAUGAGGUUAGAAGUCAGCUUGAGUAUAUCAUUUCGGCCGGAGUGACUGUUCCCAGCAUGUCUCACUACAUUCGCUUUCUGGAUGCUUGGAAAGCAGGAGACUAUCCUUCAUCCUUUGAUAAUCUCCAUCGAUACUUUGACUAUACGGUGCACAGCAGAGACCGCAGUUUCUAUCAAUAUGCUCUACUCAAUCUCGCCAUUCUGCACGCUGAUUUCGGCUCUUAUGCAGAGGCUGUGUCAGCCAUGCAAGAAGCUAUUUCAAUUGCUCGAGAAUCGCACGAUAUGAGCUGUCUCAAUUUCUGUAUGAGCUGGCUGUAUCAUUUUGGGAAAGCUUUUCCAGAGGAAAUGAAAGAUGUGCAGAACACUGGCAUGCUGGGUAGUGAGAAGGAAGGUCUUGCAUUUCUCAAGGCUAAGGCUAAGGAGACUGAAUCAUGGGGCUUACUUAGUACCAUGCAUUUGAGUGAAGCGAAACUUGAUCUGCAGAAUGGAGAAAGCCUAGCGUCUGUCUUUGAGAACGUUGUUAGAUCGUUUUACUUGAAUGUGACUAGGAAUCUGAGAACAGCCAUGGGCCCGCAACUUCUCCUCGCGACGUCGUUAUUCUCUCGCAUAGGGUUAACGCAUAUCGCUCUAUUGCAUUGCGACAUCUUUCGUGAAUGUUAUGCGAAAGGAUCACCUCUUGAAGACAUGCUCAAAAUAACCUAUCGAAGCAGUCAACUGAUAUCCCAUAGUGGUGGCUAUAAACACGCAAUCGCGCUGCUUGAUGGUAUAGCGCAGACGGACUUGCGGUCACUCAAAGCGAAUCAAUACUGGGCAUAUUACUCGGGCAUCUUGAAACUACAGCGGCAGAUACAUAGAGAUGACGCCGUUGCCGUAGAACAUCUAUUUGCCCAACUGCAAGACAUCGGAAUCCCCGACAUUGACCUCGUCCUCCAGCUAUCGUUUCUGGAGAUUGAAUUCCGCCUUCGAAAGGGCCAUUACUCCCAGGCAAUGGCGAUAGUGGAAGGAAUAGCACAAACAAUGCAACAAGAAAACUUUGAUGUCUUGACACAAAUCCGAUUACUGAGCUACAAAGCCAGAAUCCUUGAAAAGACAGGUCUUCCACAACGGGGAUUUUCCUUAGCCAUGAGAGCUGCCAGUAUUGCUCAUCGAUGUCGCGUCUUGCCGGGUUUAUGGGAGGCAAUCGGGGUGCUGGCCACUAUACUCUUAAGUAUGCGUGAAUUCGAGGUUGCGGUAGAGAUGAUGGAGAGUAUCAUGCCUCAGGUUCUUGAAUUAGAUGAUCGAUAUCUCACAGCACGAUCAUACUCGAUCUUGGUGGAUGCGAAUAUGGGCUUGGCCGGGGAAUGUUUUUCCCCUUCUCCUUCUCUGUCUGACGACGACGAAUCAGAAGGGGUGAUAAAUAAAGUCCCAGACCCGCUCAAGAAGAAGGAGUACGUGACUCGAGCAUUGACAUACAUUGAUUUCUCAUAUGAUGAAUACGAAGCUAUUGAAGAUUUACUAGGACAGUGUGAAAUGAUGGCCAAGAAAGCUACAGUUAUGCAUUUGUCGGGUGACCUGGUUCUGGCGAAUGAUUAUGCGUCCAAGUACUUGGAUUUGCGAAAGCAGGCUUUAAGUGAAAGGAGGUGAUUGUAUCUGUGUAUUGUCUUACUGUCUAGAUAGAUUACAGAGCAUGAGAUGAAAGCCGUUGACCGA